AUGCUAGAGCGUACUUCGCAAUGCAUUGAGCCAGCCUCCCAACUUUUCUUGCGAACCGUUGACCCUCCGAUCAGAUCAAGCCGACCUCUUGGUCAGGCUUUUUGGAGAAAUAGAGGCAAUGACCUCGUAGGGUCGGCCUGGUGGCCUUUGUACCUCCGCGACCUUCGAUCGAGAUAUCAACAAAAGGAUCAAGCUCCGCACCGUCUCGCACAGCGCCCUGGAAAGCCUUCUUCCCUCAAUUCUCGGCCUACCAAGCAUAAUGCUUUCCCUGUCCGAUCAGUCGCCGCCGCGAAUCUCAACAGAGGUUAUACAAACAAUGCACAGCCAGCUCCUUCGAUGCAUGGCUUCGUUCAUGGGGAGGUCCGCCCAGAAGACAGCAUUCUAUACUUGACAGAUCGAUCAUCAAGGAAGCCACACAUUCCGUUCAAUAAGACCGACACUGAAGUUGAAGAAGAGCUGGGCAGGCUCUUGGCUGGCAAACCGAUCUUAGAUCAAGCGCUCCAGGAGUUUAGUUCAGGCGAUAUCGUCUUUGCGCUUUUUCAACGUCUCUCUCAUCCAGGGGCAUACGCAAGUGCUGUGUUCCAUUUCCUUGCUCAGACACUCCCUCUCCGAGAUCCUGAGCCUCGACUGAUAAAAGGAGUACAUGAAGCCUUCAAUAGCAUUCCAUUGUCAGAGAGAACUGCUCGGGACUACACAACUGCCGUGAAAGUCAGCUUGAAGGUCGAUGACUUCCGUCUGGUCCAAAGAAUAAAUGCCGAAGCGACCAGCCGGGAUUUGAACCACGAAUGCAGUCCGUUCUUGCUUCUGCAUUUCGUCACAAACAUGCUAUGGAGAAAUGCUGUCGAAAUCUGGACCACCUCUUAUAUAACCCGAAGACACGACCAUCACAUGGACUCACUAGUCUCUCAGGCAAGCGAUUACAGAGAUCUCCCUGAUGCUAUAAACAAGCUGGCUUCAUCCAUCUUAGAGCGUUCGCCUGUGCUGAUGCGGUUUUCAGGCAAGUUGCGGAGCAUUGCUCGAAAGUUGCUGCAUGUGCUCCUGCGAAAUGGUCGCCUCAUGAGCUUGAUUACACCUUCAGGGCUCCUCGGAACAUUGAACAACUAUCACCUUUUGGGGCAAUUACAUCCGCGGAUGCACCUUGAAAUUCUCAACACCCUUCUAAAAUAUUCGAAGCGUCCAAAUAAAAGUGGCCUCGGGACUCUAGUAUAUCGGAAUCUUCGAUUGAACUUUCCCGACUACAAACCUCCCCCUUCUGCUUACGGCGCUCUGUUGUCGAUGCAUGCUGACGACGCUUCUUCUCUGCGAGAGUAUGAAUAUUGCUUGCGAGAGUUUACACAUGUUCAUGGAGCGGCAGAUAAGAAGUCCUACCAAAAGGUGUUAACCGCUCUGGCUCGACAGGGCGAUGUUGUGGGUGUCCAAACAAUCUUUGGCCAGCUCUGUCAAGCACAUUCGCGCCCUAAAGAGAUUGAGUUCUAUACGCCUCUUAUCUAUGUAUAUGCCCGGCUGGGUGACGUCGAAAAGGCUGAACGAGAAUUUGAGAGGCUAAAACUCUGGGGCAUAGAGCCAAACACAUACUGUUGGAAUAUGAUUCUCUAUUCUCACAUCCGAUCUCGCCAUCCUAAAACAGCAUUCGACCGUUUCGGGGACAUGCAGGCCCAGGGCGUCUGUCCGGACAAGUAUACGUUCGGAACCUUGAUGAGUACCGUUUCGAGAAGUGGCGACACUGAGCAAGUCCUGAGCAUGAUUGAACGAGUCCAGCAACUUGAUCCUAGGGGGAACUACGAAAUGAUGUCGGCUUUGAUACACUCAUAUUGUCUGAACAACCAAGCAGACACAGCAGAAAGGCUUGCUGAGGCAACAUCCAAGGCAGGUUACAUGGGUAACCCUGUGAAAAUGUGGAACUAUAUCUUACGCCACUAUGCCUUUCGGCGCGACUCCACCGCUUGCCUACGAGUGCAGCAUCGUAUGCAGGCUCUAGGCAUCAAGCCUGACGACAUGACCUAUGCUGCCUUGAUGACGGCACUUGUUGCCCUCGGCAAGACCAAAGAUGCCGCUCAAAUUCUGAGACGGCUGAAUCUUAGCCAGGCGCUGACGGCCAACCCGUUCCACUACUCCAUUAUCUUGCAUGGAUUCGCAUUGGAGGGAAACCGAGAUAUGGCAACCAUCGUAUAUCAAGAAAUGCUGCAAAGGUUUCCAAAUCUGGGUGGGAGCCCACAUCUUGCCAUGCUUCAUCUAGAGAGUCGUCGCAGCCCCGAAGCAAAGCAGUCUCCUCAAUUGUCCGUCGACUUUCUGGCAGAAAUCCUGGAGACGAUCACUACCGCCGAUCGUGCCAGCAAAUUGCCUCAACCCGGUCUCAGACGGCGCAGAGCCGUAGAUGCCUUGCCAUCUAUCUACUUCGAACAUCUCGUCGGUAUCCUACUUGCCAAGGGUCGCGUGGAACAGGCAGACAAGCUACUUCGAAGGUUCGAAUCUCUCGCAGGGCUAUCGUUCCUCGACGUGGACGUCAAUUUUCUAGACUCGAAGGAACUGCUUGUGUCGCGUCUCCGCGUAGCCGCACAAGGGUACGAUUGGGAGGGUGUGGAAAAAAUCUGGGUGAAGCUCCUUCAAGGUGCUAUUCAGGCUGCCAGUGAACGAAAGGCUUCCAAGGCCCAACAGCCAUCGGUCGGCGUCGAAUUCUUGAAGUCCGAGCCUGGUUCAGAAUUUAGUUCCAUGAUUCCCGACUUUGCUUCACGAACAACAUCUGAUGACGAAAGCAAAAUCCUGCUCAGCUCCCUUUCUUCGAACAUCCUCCCAGCACAAAGGUUCAUCCUGAAAGAUGCCAUUAAUAUUUAUCUCGGAGCUCUGGACUUUCAGCAUCGGCACAAUCAUGCAGUCGUGAUCGUGGAACUACUCCAAAAGGCCGGGUUUUCUUUGUCCAAUAGCAAUUGGAACGCUUAUAUUCAAACGUUAACCCGAUCUCGAGAUUGGCGGCAUUGGGUGGAAGCAUUUCGAAUCUUUGAGGAGAAGAUGUACACGUCUGCUCCAGCGUGGCGCCUGCUUGUUCGUGGGAAGGCUCUGAUCCCGAAUGAUUCUGAGUUACAGGCCGGAGCCAAGAAGCUUGUGCGGCGGAAGGAUGCAGAGAAGGUUAAUAUGGAUCUACCCAUGCCGACCUAUCUUACCGCUGUCUGUCUUGCCACGGUUCUCAAGAAGAGUGGUGUCCGAACCCGCUUAGGCGACGACGCACUAAUGCUGGAACUGUCGACUGCCGCACCUGAGACGUACCGCUAUAUCCGUCGGAUCCCAAGACUCAAAGACAAAUUCCAGGGUACUCUCCUUCGCGAUUUCAAGAUUGCUGGAGACAUUCCGAAACGGCCUCGUAACUCUGCGCCACCGGACCGGGCUGGUGUGCUGGGCAGCUUUUCACCGCUCGACCAUGUUCCCGUAGGUGAGCUGGGCAAUCUGGAUGAAAUCAUCAACGGACAAAGGUAUGAUCGAGACGAUGAUGUCCCACAAGCGGAGCGGAUCGAAGGGCAGGUUGACAGAUCGCCGCAAUUCAUCGACCGAGAAGAUCGUCAUGAGAACGAUCUUGAGUAUCAGGAACGGAUCUACCAACAUGAAGCGCGAUUGCUCGACACUAUGGACGUUAUCCGCCGUGAUGCAUCACGUCUGCGAACCGUCAGCGACUCCUGGUUCGGCCAGCCAGAUACUACCAGUACUACAGAGUUGAAAGAACCGAGACACACAGAUCUUCCACCAGGAGCUCUCCUCAACCCCUUCUACGCGAGUCUAGAAAGGCGUGUCGAAAGAGAGAGAAAGCUGCGCGAAGAACUCGACAGGUCGUUGCAAGAUGCAGGUGAAAAGCCUCGAAGGGCUACACGUGCUCGAAAUACCCAGGUUCUGCCUCAAGAGCCAAAAAGACAUGGGAGGCUUCAGGCAUUCGUCCCGGGCUCAACCUCGCCCUCGACUCCUACGCGGCUACGUAAGAAUCAUCGUCUCUUGGAACGACUUCCUAGAGUCGCAAAGCUGCCGCCAUGGGAUCGCCGAGUCAAGGCCGCGUGGCAUGGUCGACCCAAGAGAAAGUGGAGGAAAGAUGAGGCUGUGGAGGCUGACAAGACAGAGAAAGACACUGCGGGAUGA